AAUACAAACAAUACAUCAAUCCCUUAACAUAUUACAAAAGUAGGAGAAUAAUAAUGUUUCCUGUAUGUCAUUAUUUCUAGAGCAGUAUUAGUACUACAAUCCAGCAUAGUUUCAGAACAACUCCUCCAACAAAGCAAAGAACAAUAGAACCAGCUUCUUUCAGUUGCCUGGUUACAAUAGAAAACACAGCCAGCUUAAAUAAUGCCAGAGCACUGUUCAGAACUUCUUGGGAAAGGGAGAAGCAAGCAAAUCGUUUUUAUUUACAGGCUACUGAGACAGGAUUUUGAAUAAUUCAUAUGGAAGAAGUGUCAAGAGUAGAGGAAGAGCUUUAAAGACGUUCUCUGAGCUAGAGAUGUGAAAGCUAUCAAGAUAAAGUCUGGCCAGCAGAAGUUUAAAAAGAGAAUCCUGUGCUUCCACUUUCACCAGUUCAAGGAAAAAACAGAGUAAAAAGCCCACAGUGAAAUGGCGAAGGGUAAAAAGAAAUCAAAUGACCCCAAAGGUCGAAAAAUCACGCUUACGAUGGCCAAGAACGCAGUUAAGCUGACGAUAGAUGGCAAGCGCCGUUUAGACCUCAGCAACAUGGAGAUGACCACAUUCCCUAAGUGCAUUCUGAAACUAUGUGAUGUUGAUGAACUGGACCUGAGCCGCAACAUGCUGAAGAAGAUUCCAGACUCAAUCAAUAAGUUUGUCAAUGUCCGCUUGCUAGACUUGCAUAGCAACCAAUUGGAGCAGCUUCCAGAGUCUAUCGGUAACCUGCAGAAGCUCCAGAACCUUAACAUGUGCAACAACAUGCUAACCACCUACGGGAUCCCACAUACACUCGGCCUUCUUAGGAACCUUAAGAAACUUAACCUUGGCAUGAACCACAUCGAGACGGUUCCAUCUUUUAUUGCAGGACUGAAGGAGCUGGGCGAGCUUUGGCUCUUCAACAACCUUUUGACACAAAUCCCACUGUGGCUCCAGAAUUUGCCCAACCUUCACAUGCUCAAUGUCAAGUGCAACCCUCUACCUGUAGACAAUCCACCAAAACUGGACCCUAUUCAAAGGGUAGAGUGCCUCUAUUUGGUUAGGAAAGAUUGCCUUUGUAAUGAAUGCCUUACAAAGUGUAAAGAAGAGAGAGACAGGCUGGACAGAAGGCUUAGUGGAAGCUCUGUACAGAGAAAAACCAUCAUUGCUGGCUUAAUUAUGACUAAUUCCACAGAGCUGGGCAAUGAAGCAAUGUGCAGAUGAAGGCAAUGAGUGAACCAGAAAAAAUGUGCUCUGAUUUACAGUAUGUGAAGAACAAAAAUGCAUACUAAAUAUUAAUGAAAUGAUAACAAAAUCAUUAUUAUACAAGAGCAUUGACUGGUCAGAAAAUAAAAUUAUGAUAAAAGCAAGAAAAAUAUCCAUAUAAUGCAGGAUUAGCAGUAAAAGGAUUAUAAAAAGAAAACACCAGUGAUAAGUUAAAACCUUCAAUAAAGAGAUGUUCAUUUUACAUUUUUUGAUGGAGUCUCCAGUCUCUCUGACUUUGUCUUAACAGUCUGAGGUAAACUUGGAAAUAAUUUUAACAAGUGGAAAGUCUUGAAGAGAAAGGAUGUUUUGUUCUGUGGUGUGCUGGAAUGUAUUAUUUCUUUUGCU